AUAAAGAGGACGACUCUUAUUAUGGAUUCAUUUCCACGUCUCUGCAAACCCUAAUUCCACUACUACUCUGCUCUUCAGCCACCCUCCCUCACGCACGAACAGUAAUGGCCGAAAACAACUCUCCAGAGGCAGAGGUGGGAGAGCCGACGCCCAAGAUUCCGAAGCUCGACCACCAUCAAAACGGUGCCGUUGCAGGAUCCUCAUAUUUCAGAGUCAAGAAGCUCUCUGAGAAAGCCGUCUUGCCCUCUAGAGGUUCACCUCUCUCCGCUGGCUACGAUCUCUCCAGUGCUGCUGAUACUAAGGUCCCUGGUAGGAGCAAGGCCUUGAUUCCCACCGACCUCAGUAUCGCCGUAUCGCCGGGAACCUAUGCUCGUAUUGCGCCGCGAUCUGGAUUGGCGUGGAAGCACUCAAUAGACGUGGGAGCAGGCGUGAUUGAUGCCGAUUACAGAGGACCUGUUGGGGUGAUAUUGUUCAACCAUUCUGAUGCUGAUUUUGAAGUCAAGGUGGGUGAUAGAAUUGCACAGCUCAUCAUUGAGAAGAUUGUAACGCCGGAGGUUGAGGAGGUUGACGAUCUUGAUUCCACCGUUAGGGGAUCCGGCGGCUUUGGAUCCACCGGAGUUUAAUGCUAUGCUAGUAGCCUAGUAGUACUAAUAAUAAUGUCUGUCAAACUAUCACAACUAUUGAAUAUCUUUUCCGGAAUGUAAUGGGAGACGAUGGAGUUUUUCUAUAUAUGAAUGAAGGUAAAAAGUUAUCCAUC